CAAAUGAAUAAACAUAAAACACGUGUGUUUGCGAAUAAAAUUGUAAAUUAUUAAAAAAUCUAAAAUGGGUAAAGCAAAAAAACUUAAACCAUCGCAAAUUGGAAAGAAUAUUUCACUGGCCGAUCAAAUUGAAUCUGGAAAUUCUGUCAAAAGUAAAAACAGACAGAAAGAGAAAAACAGACACGAUGAUGAUGAUGAGUUUGUUAAUGCAGACCUAUCAAAGAAAAUCCUUAAAGCUGCUAGACGUCAACAAGCCGAACUAAAUGAGGGUCUCCCGGCAAGUUCUACUAUGGAGAAAGCUAUGCCAAUGGCUUUAAAUGACACCGACAAUGAAGAUUCCGACCAUGAUGAUCUAGAACCGGACACAUACUACGAUAAUAUAGAAAUAAAUGAGGAAGAUGAAGAAGCUCUGAAAAUGUUUAUGUCAGCCAAGCCCGAGAAGACUAGAACACUGGCAGAUAUAAUACGGGACAAAAUAACAGACAAACACACAGAGCUCCAAACUCAGUUUUCUGAUGUGGAGACAUUAAAACUGCAAAACAUUGAUCCAAGAAUAAAAACAAUGUAUGAAGGUGUAAGAGAUGUACUACAGAAGUACAGGUCAGGAAAAUUACCAAAGGCAUUCAAAAUGAUACCACACUUGCAGAACUGGGAACACAUACUAUACCUCACUGAGCCAACAACUUGGUCUGCGGCAGCUAUGUAUCAAGCAACAAGAAUAUUUGCAUCCAAUUUAAAGGAGAAAAUGGCUCAGCGUUUCUAUAAUCUAGUUUUGCUGCCAAGAGUUAGAGAUGACUUAGCCGAAUACAAGAGAUUGAACUUUCACCUGUACCAAGCUCUAAGAAAAGCUUUGUUUAAACCAGGAGCUUUCAUGAAGGGUAUUCUGCUUCCACUUCUAGAGGCAGGUGACUGUACCCUGAGAGAAGCAAUCAUUAUUGGUUCAGUUUUGGCUCGGAACUCUAUACCAGUGCUCCACUCAAGUGCUGCAUUAUUGAAAAUUGCUGAAAUGGAUUAUACUGGAGCUAAUUCAAUAUUCCUAAGAAUUUUAUUUGAUAAAAAAUAUGCCCUUCCCUACAGAGUAGUGGAUUCUGUAGUUUUCCAUUUUCUAAGGUUCCAAAGUGAAACAAGAAACCUACCAGUGUUAUGGCAUCAAGCUCUGUUAACAUUUGUACAAAGGUAUAAGGCGGAUAUUUCUUCUGAGCAAAGAGAUGCUCUUUUAGAAUUGUUAAGAAAACAAUCACAUCCCACAAUCACUCUGGAGAUCCGAAGAGAGCUACAAGCUGCAAAAUGUCGAGAUGUUGAAAUUAAUGAAGAUGUUGCACAUAGUAGUAUGGUAGUAGAAUAGCUACUAUAUAUUUUAAG